UCCAAGUGUCGAGCAGAAUCCUCCGAGUGCCAGCCCAACAGGUACAUGUGUUACUGUGGGAAGCUGCAGGAUCCUCCAGCUGACCCCUGGUUGGCCCCUCAUUCCUGUGGCUCCGUCUGUCAGAAGGAGCUCAAACCCACAUGUGGACACACCUGUCUGCUGCUCUGUCACCCGGGUCCGUGCCCUCCGUGUCCAAAGAUGGUGGCAGUUUCCUGUAUGUGUGGCAAAGCUAAGCCCCUCCCCCGUCGCUGUAGCAACAAGGCCUGGUCGUGUCAGAAGCAGUGCAGCAAGUUGUUACCCUGUAAACAGCACACCUGUACGCAGCCCUGUCACACAGAGUGCUCCCCCUGUCCAAGAGUCAGCGUGCAGAAAUGUGUGUGUGGACGAGAGAAAGCAGAGAGACCCUGCGCCAGCCCUCGGUGGAACUGUCAGCAG